CCAAAGUAAAAACCGGUUUCAGUUCAGUGUCUCAAUGUGGUGAUACAUACCAGUCUACAUAAUGUCUAGGAUGGGGAAAGUUGUUCUAGUAACGGGGGCUAACAGCGGUGUAGGUCUGGCCCUUUGUGAGCGCCUCCUGAGCGAUGAUGCUCAGCUGCAGCUGUGUCUGGCCUGCAGGAACAAGCAGAAGUCUGAGGCGGCCCGUCAGGUCUUGCUCGACUCUCACCCUAAAGCUCAUGUUUCUCUCGUUCGGCUAGACGUGGCCAGCGUGCGCUCCGUCCUCAGUGCUGCUGAGGAGAUCCGGCAGAGAUACGACAGGCUUGACUACCUCUACCUUAAUGCUGGAAUCAUGCCUAGUCCCCAGGUGGAUUUCAGCGCUCUCUAUAAAGGCUUGUUUUCUGGUAAAGCAAUCCACAUGUUUUCGACGGGAGCAGGGCUACUGAUGCAGAAAGACACUGUCACGUCUGAUGGUCUACAGCAAGUGUUUGCUACCAACCUGUUCGGUCACUUCUUACUGGUUCGGGAAUUGGAGCCCCUGUUAUGUCAAACAGACCACCGCUCUCAGGUGAUCUGGACCUCGUCUAGCAAUGCAUGCCGUUCAGCUUUCAGUCUUGACGAUGUGCAGCACAAGGAAGGCCUAGAACCAUACAGCUCCUCUAAAUACGCAUCUGAUCUGCUGAGCCUGGCCCUGAACCGCCAUUAUAACAGCCAGGGUCUCUACUCAUCUGUGAUCUGUCCUGGACUGGUGAUGACUAACCUCACGUAUGGCAUCCUACCAUCCUUUAUCUGGACCCUUAUCAUGCCUUUAAUGUGGCUGAUAAGAAUAUUUACCAAUACAUUUACCCUUACACCUUAUAACGGGGCAGAGGCUUUGUUUUGGCUGUUCAAGCAGAAACCGGAGUCCCUGGAUCCAAUGGUCAAGUACCACAGCUUAACAUCCGGACUGGGAAACAGUUACACACAGACUCGUAAGAUGGAUAUUGAUGACACUAUGUCAGCAGCACUCUACCAGAAACUUCUAGAACUUGAGAAAAGAGUGAGAAAGAAACUGAAAGAUGAGGACUUAACAUGCACAAAAUAAAGAAACCAAUCAAACUUCAUUUAAGCUUUUAGAUUUAAGUAGCUAUAGUCUAUUUUAUAUAUUCAUAUAUAUUUAUAUGUGAUCAUGGGUUGAAAUAAACUUUCUUCAAGUGUACUGUAUUAUUUUGCAUGUACAUGUAUGAAUUAGCAUAAAAAUACAGGUGUGCCGUAUGUGGUUUCAUUUAAACCAGUCACAAAACCAUUCCAACAAUAAAAUAUUUUCAAUACCUC